AUGCUGGAUAAGACGAGUCCAACAAUUGGGCAUUCCAGAGGACGAAAGAAAUCCCCGGGGCCAAACGACAAAGGCCCAGAAACCAAGACGUUCAUGGGCGACCCUAUAGCUACGUCGUCGCCCGAACCGAGCACCUUUAUGGGAGACCCUGUAGCUACGUCCUCGCCAGAACCAAGCACCUUCAUCGGCGAGCCGGUGGCUUGGUCGUCCCCGGAGCCAUUGCCAGCGUCAUCGAAGCUAUCUAUUUCGGAGGCAGGACCAGCGAGUGUUACGGCAACGGAAGCUUUAUCUUGGAGGUCUUCCGGAGUUUCGACACUGUUGGAUAUGCAAACCACGGCGAGUUCCCUGGCGUUGCACACAAUCACGGCGGCAACGACGGUGGAAAGACUGGUUACGACUACGGAUAUGUCGAUUGUUGAGUCCAAUUCGGAUCGGCCUCCGGAGUUGGAUGCGAAACCUUCUUCUUCGUCUCAGCCGAGCAUGAAUGGGAAUGCAAAAUUCGCCAUUAUAUCUGCUGUCUCUGUGAUACUACUGUUGGCGAUAUUCGUAGGCAUUCUAUGGUGGAGGAUAAGGAGGAAAAGAGUAAAGAAGUCUCCUGAAGCGUGCGAUUCUGCGCAGAAGCAGAACGCGGAGAUUGUUGAACUAGGUGUGGAAGGACAUGCCGUUGUAGAGAUGGAUGCAGGGGGUUGCCCUAGACCGGGGAUUAAGGAGCUGGACGGGAACGGGACGAUGCAGGAGAUGUACGGUGCGUCGAAGAUUGUCAAUGGUGGAGAUAGCUGUACGAAAGUAGGGGAUACAACUGCAGGUCUAUCGGGCUAG